AUGAUCGGUUCAGUUUAUAAAAUCGUUUGUAGUCAAAGCGACAUUUGCUACGUGGGUAGCACGUUUAAUCUACUCAAACAUCGUAUGAGUGGGCAUCGGUCUAAUUUCAAGCGUUGGGAAGAAGGGAAAGCAACUAGCGAAAUUGCAAUUUAUCCAUACUUCCGAAAGUAUGGACCGUAUGCAUUUAAAAUUAUAUUGAUCAAGCAGUAUGAGGUUGUCGAUAGAGCUCAGUUGCUUGCGUACGAAACCUUAUGGAUCAACAAGUUCAAGAGAACUUGUGUGAAUAAGGUACCUCCAUUUGGGCUAUUAAAAAAAGAAAAACAGAGAGAGAGUACGAAAAAAUACUGGGAAGCCAAUAAAGAAGUGCUCAAUGAGAAAAACAAGCAAUACAACGAGCUAGACUCGUCGAGAAGGUAA